CGCCGUCUUUCGACUUUGAUUCAGAGAAGCCGGAGACAGCAGAAAACUAAGAGAGAGCGAGGACGGAUCUUGCCUCCGUCGUUCCGAUUCGAGGGAAAAACUCAAGGUAAGGUUAAAGAGCAGAAAUGGCCACCGUACCUGGGCAGCUGUUGUGGGAGAUUGUGAAGAAGAACAACUCUUUUGUUGUCAAACAAUCUGGCAAAGGGGCUGCCAGUGUUGUCUUCAGCAGGGAACCCAACAACCUCUACAAUCUUCACUCCUACAAGCACUCUGGGCUUGCAAACAAGAAAACUGUUACCAUUCAAGGGGGGAAAGAUCUAACUGUGCUUCUUGCCACCACCAAGACCAAGAAGCAGAACAAACCUGCUAGCGCACUAAACAAGUCUCUGAUGAAAAAGGAGUUCCACCGCAUGGCCAAGGCUGUCACCAAUCAGGUUGCAGACAACUAUUACAGGCCAGACUUGAAGAAGGCAGCUCUUGCAAGGCUGAGUGUCGUUUACAGAAGCCUUAAGAUUGCCAAAUCCGGUCCCAAGAAGAGGAAUAGGCAGGCCUGAACAACUACCCUUGUCCCUCUCUCUUGAAACAAUCUUGGAUUUUGUCUCCAUUUUGCCCUUUUUUAUUAUUAAUUAGUAAUUCUCAUUUGACGUUCAUCUGAUGAUGCCUUGUGUCUCAAACAUAAAUUUACCUUCUAGUUUUACGCCUUGCUUGAUGUGAGCUUUGUUUCAAGUAUUGAUAUUUUAAACCUGAGAGCUUCCCCUCUGUUUGUUCAUAUCAUUGCUAAUUAUCUUUUUUUGUUGUUUUAUGAUUUUAAAAGGUUCGAUAUUCUUUAUAAAUAAAUUUAAUUGAACUUA